AUGCAACCUCUAGCCCUCCUCACAACCCUCCUCCUCACCAUCCUCCCUCAAACCAACUUCCUCGUCCAAGCAUCAGCGAUUCCCUCUCCAUUCCCCAGUGAGCAAUGGGGCUGCCUACCUCUCGGAACACCCUGCAAAGUAUAUUACAUUUGUUGUUCGCAUGUUUGUGGAUUUCAACAGGGUAUUGCGAGAUGUAGAUAG